UGAAACUAUAAUUUAUGUCAUAAGCGAUCAUAAAAGAGCAUUCCGCACAAAGACAAAGACAAUUCGAACGGAACAAAAAAUCAGAAAGAGAUAAAAAUUAAUUAAAAGUACAACAAAGCACCAGCUAACGAGGAAGAAAGAGAAGCGCGUUCAGUGUAACGAAGAGUGGCAAGUGAAUCAGACGCAUUUUCAAGAGGAUUUUAAUUUUUUUCACGACUUUUUACGUCAAUUUCGACAAAAAUAUGAAAUUUUUGGUUUUUGUCACAUUAUUCCUUCACGUGGUUGGCACAUUCGCGUUGCACGAAAGUCCCUUUGUCUCGAAAUUGGCUCGAGAUGCGAUAAUUGACGACGAAAAACCUGCCAUUUUGGAUCGGAGCAAGCGUUAUAACAUUCCGAAGCACGUUCCGCAGCAACAACAGACCCCAAAGCAGCAAUUUUUCCAUGAAACGUCGCAUCGGGAGUUCCAAACGAACGCUCAUGGCAGCGUAAAGGAGCCAAUUCAUCAUUUUGGACCCGCAUUCAAGGCGCAGGAAGGACAUUUUGAGCAUUCAGGAGGGCAAAGUCAUCAUAAAGAGUCUCAUUUGGAACAAAAUUUGCAUCAAAAUUACCCAAAAGAGACUCAUUUUGAGGGAAAUGUUCAUCACGGAAGCGAUUUUGGGCGUAAAGAAAGUCAUUUCAGCGGAAAUUCUCAUCAAGGGGGUCAUCAAACCGCAAAUUUUGGGCAUAAAGAGGUUCAUGUAGAACAAAAUUUGCAUCACGGAGCCCAAAAUUAUCAAAAAGAGGAGCAUUUUGGGGGAAAUUCUCAUCAAAACCCCCAAUUCGGGCAUAAGGAAAGCCAUGAAACCUCAUAUCACGCCUCCAAUGAGCACGUCGAGUUCAAAAAUCAUCAUCAAGGCAAGAGUUUCGGGCACGGAAUGAAACAACCUCAAGGUUUUAAGGAUCACGGACAUAAAAAAUUCGUUCCUGCACCUCAUAAACCUGUCCCGCAUCAUCGCCCAAACUCGAUUCAUGGACAUCCGCCUCCCAAACACGCUCCAAUUCACUUCCCUCAGCAUCAUGAGUCCCAUCACAGGCCUCAACAUCACAAAUCUCCCCAUCAUAGAAUCCACAAAAGAAGCGCUACUUACUGGAAUCGCCAUCAUUCGCAACAAAACACGGGUUUCGGCAAUUAUAACCCUCAUUAUUGGUCUUCUGGAAGCGAUUCUUAUGAAAAUUCUGACGAUUUUUAUCAAAAUUCGUAUCCAACUUACAAUAAUGUUCCAAAUUCUUACUAUGGAAACUACCCAAGUUACUAUCCGGAGCACCAACAUAACCAUUUUAGCGGGAAUUGCCCAUGGAAGAAGCCGAAUUAUUAUCCAACGACGAGAUUUACGACCACUAAGAAGCCCGUUUUGCAUGUCAAGCCACAUCAUGAGCACGAAAAUCACAGACCGCUCGUGAAUCCUCUCGAACACAUGCAUGAAAAGCCUGUUCAAACGACUACAACGAGGCCUCAUCACGAAAAUCAUCAUCACGAUCACAAAAUUCAGGCAGUUUUGAACUCUGUUGGCAACGCGGUGCUUGAUGUCAAAGAGCAACUCUUGCAUAAAGACCCAAAACGGCCCGGAAAUCAAGUGAGACCUGUAGUUGCGAUCGAUCCCGCUCAUCCUGGAGUCGGGCAACAAGGACUUUUUGUGCCUGUUAUGCGUCCCGUGGUCAAAGAUCAUCAUCACGGGCAUUCCCAUGGGCAUCAUUCGCACGGACAUCCACGAAAUGACGAGGAAGAAACGAGAAAUAACGAAGAAAUGCCAAUUUUGGAGGUGAUUCCGAAUCCAGUUGCUGAGGAAAAUGUCGAUUCGAUGCGAAAUGAAGGAAAUUCUGUCGUUGAAGAACCAAAAGAAGACGAAAUGAAGAAGCAAGAAGAUGAAAAUGAGGACACAGCACGAUCGAUGACGAUGGAAGAAGAGUUUAAUAUCGAUGUUCGUGGUGCUGGAGGAGACAUACGGUAGAUUCCUUAAAUAUAUUUUAAAGUUUUGAUUAAAAAAUAAGAAUUUAUGUAAAUUUUAUGUUAAAAAAUGAUAAAAAAAAAGUCACAGAA